AUGAACAACAACUCAAUCACGGGUCAGAUUCCGCUUGAGUACUCUUCCUUAUCCGACGUUCUGCACUUCUUGAUGGACAAUAACAAGCUUACUGGAUAUCUUCCACGGGAGCUCUCUCAGAUGCCUAGCUUGAAGAUUCUGCAAUUGGACAAUAACAACUUCGCUGGGACAGAGAUCCCAUCUUCUUACGGAAAUAUACCAAAUCUCGUCAAACUGAGUCUCAGAAAUUGCAACUUAGAAGGACCAGUUCCUGAUCUGAGCAAAUCACCGCUUCUCUAUUACUUAGAUAUUUCCUCCAACAAGCUCACAGGAGAGAUUCCCAAGAACAGGUUUUCCGGGAACAUCACAACUAUUAACCUGCACAACAAUAUGCUCAACGGAUCCAUCCCUUCAAAUUUUUCAGGGCUUCCACGUUUGCAGAGACUGUCUCUGCAAAACAACAACUUAAGCGGGGAGAUUCCUGUGAUAUGGGAGAAGAGGAACUUUUCUGCAGAGGCGAAACUUAUCUUGGACUUGAGGCACAACUUGUUUUCAAAUGUGUCAAGCGUUCUAAACCCUCCUUCCAACGUCACAGUCAAGCUUUACGGGAACCCAGUUUGUGCAAGAGGAAAUGAGAGAAACAUAGCUGAUCUCUGUGGCGUGUCAACAGUAGAAGUGGAGUCUCCUGGAAGUUCGUCGGAAAACUCGACCACGGGAGAGUGCAAAAGGCAGUCAUGCCCCAUAAGCGAAAACUAUGACUACGUGAUUGGGUCUCCUGUUCCAUGCUUCUGCGCUGCGCCCCUUGGCAUUGGACUUCGGCUGAGGAGUCCAAGCUUCUCUGACUUCCGACCUUACACGGUCUCCUACAUGCUCGACGUUGCCUCCAACCUCGGGAUAAACAUGUAUCAGCUUUCUAUUGACUCGUUCUCAUGGCAUUCGGGUCCAAGGCUAGCCAUCAACAUGAAGCUUUUCCCCGAGUACAGCGACUUGAACAGCAAGUUCAACACCACGGAGCUUCACCGUAUUGUUGACUUCUUUGCCACUUUCUCUCUUGUUACCGAUGAUUCUCUUGGCCCCUACGAGAUUAUGUAUUUCAGCCUCCUCGGUCCUUACAGAGACGUUACUCUCAGUUUCCCUAGUAGUAACUCGGGAAUGAGCAAAGGCGCCAAAGUUGGAAUCGCUCUAGGAGCCAUUGCUUUCUUCAUUGCGUUAUCGUCUGUAUCAUUGGUCCUCAUCAUCAAGAGGAGAAAACAAAAGAGAAAAUUCCAGAAAGUUGACAUGGAACAACGAGAGGCCAAUCCUAAACCUCCAAUGAACAUGGAGAGCGUGAAGGGUUACAACUUGGCGGAACUUGAGUCAGCAACAAGCAGCUUCAGUGAUCUAUCCCAGAUUGGGAGAGGAGGGUAUGGGAAGGUGUACAGAGGACAUUUGGCGGGUGGGCUGAUAGUGGCGGUGAAACGUGCAGAGCAAGGAUCGCUGCAGGGCCAGAAAGAGUUCUACACGGAGAUCGAGUUGCUCUCACGGCUACACCACCGAAACCUUGUUUCUUUGCUUGGCUACUGCGAUCAGAAAGGAGAACAGAUGUUGGUAUAUGAGUUCAUGCCAAACGGUUCUCUUCAAGACGCACUCUCUGCGAGGUUGAGAGAGCCGCUGAGCUUGGCGCUGAGACUGAGAAUAGCACUGGGGUCAGCGAGGGGGAUUCUGUAUCUGCACACGGAAGCAGACCCACCAAUCAUCCACAGAGACAUAAAACCAAGUAAUAUUCUUCUAGACAAGAAGAUGAACCCUAAAGUGGCAGACUUUGGAAUCUCAAAGCUGAUAGCUUUAGACGACGUUGGAGUGCAGAGGGACCACGUUACUACCCUCGUCAAAGGCACCCCUGGAUACGUGGAUCCAGAGUACUACUUGAGCCACAGGCUGACGGAGAAGAGUGACGUGUACAGCCUGGGCAUUGUGUUUCUGGAGAUCCUAACAGGAAUGCGGCCAAUCUCACACGGGAGAAACAUCGUCCGAGAGGUGAAGGAAGCGUGCGAAGCCGGGAUGAUGCUGUCGGUGAUAGACGGGAGCAUGGGGGAGUACUCGGAGUCGGAGUGGGAGGAGUGCGUCAAGAGAUUCAUGGAACUGGCCAUCAGAUGUUGUCGGGACGACCCAGAAGAGCGUCCGAGGAUGCUGGAGAUAGUGAGGGAGCUGGAGAACCUAUACGGGAUGCUUCCAAAGCCAUAUUCAAGCCCUUCGGUGCAGUCCUCUGCUUCAGGAAUGUCAGGCUUCGCUGCCUCUGCCUCUGCCUCCUCUUACAAUACUUUCUCACACUUGUCUUCUAACCAACUCGUCAGUGGCGUCAUUCCCUCCAUCGCACCCCGCUAA